AUGACUUCCCACGGUGAAGAAAUCGAAGAAGAACAUAUAUCAAGAAUUGAGGAAGGUAAAGGCAAAAAUUGCCAUGGAGGAAUAGAGACAGUCAUAUGUACUUCUCCCAGCAUUGUUUGCCUUACCCAAAAGUUGAUAGCAGAGAUGAUUGGGACGUAUUUCAUAAUAUUUUCUGGAUGUGGAGUGGUGGUAGUGAAUGUAUUGUACGGUGGAAAAGUGACGUUUCCAGGGAUAUGUGUGACUUGGGGUCUCAUCGUUAUGGUCAUGAUUUACUCUAUUGGUCACAUCUCUGGUGCACAUUUUAACCCUGCGGUUACCAUCACUUUCGCCAUUUUCCGACGGUUUCCUUGGUAUCAGGUACCAUCAUAUAUAGGUGCACAACUUGCAGGAUCGUUACUAGCGAGUUUGACACUGAGACUAAUGUUCAAAGUGACACCAGAAGCUUUCUUUGGAACAACUCCGGCUGAUUCGUCUGCAAGAGCGCUUGUUGCGGAGAUCAUUAUCUCAUUCCUCCUCAUGUUUGUCAUCUCCGGCGUUGCCACCGAUAGUCGAGCGAUUGGAGAAUUAGCUGGAAUUGCAGUGGGGAUGACUAUAAUGUUAAACGUCUUCGUAGCCGGACCUAUUUCGGGAGCAUCAAUGAAUCCAGCGAGAAGUCUAGGACCAGCGAUAGUGAUGGGAAAGUAUAAAGGAAUUUGGGUUUACAUUAUUGGUCCUGUCAUCGGAAUAAUGGCCGGAGGUUUUGUUUACAACUUUAUCAGAUUUACAGAUAAGCCAUUACGAGAACUCACAAAGAGUGCUUCUUUUCUACGUAGUGUUGCUCCUCCAAACAACAAUGCUUCUAGUUCUAAGAGCUAA